GUUCGAGGACGGUAAAGUUCCUGCUGGGGCAGUAGGAGAUGGGCUUGAAUCAAUUUCAACAGACAGUGGUGGAGCUUCUUCUGGCGCUUCUUCACCCCGCUCGAUUUCUUUCUCCCAGCUAGAACGAGAAGCUGGCAUUGUUAGAGACUCGACUUCUUUUUAUGCUGGACAAGAACACUUAGCGUCCAUCUUUCUCAGCAUCUUCCCGUUGGUACCCUUUUGCCCGAAUGUGACUUCUAUAAUUACUACUUGAGAUCACGUGGUGCUGAUGAAACGUGAUUAUCAAUUUGUUCCUUGGUCUUCUUGAUGUUGAAGAAAAUACAAGGGUAGCAAGAAAGGAAUCAAGAUGAGGCGACCGGCAUCAUUCGUAAUAAAGCUGACUCGUCAGCAGGGAAACCUACUUAAGCAAUCCGCCAAAUAGAUUCACUUUCACAGACAUCUUCAUCACGACCAAACAAGCUGACUGCUCUAACACUACCACCGAGAUGAAGAAGGCUGGUCGUCGUCCACAAAUUCGACGUCUUUCCUUCAGGAGGGUGUGUUGAGUCCUGAAACUGCAGCAACCGACGCACCAACCGAAGAUCC